GCGUUCGCAGCCGCGGCGGUAUUAAACGGUUGCAGGCGCUGCGGGUUGGUUGUGUACUUCCUGCGUCUGGGGCUGUCGCCGCUUCCUUCUGUCAGUCGUCGUCAGCUUUCAUUCUGUGAAGCCCAAGUCGGCUGCACAGACCUCUUUUCCGCCGCUGUAACUCCGUCGCUGUGAUACUGCCACCAUGUUCGAGGCGCGCUUGGUGCAGGGCUCCAUCCUGAAGAAAGUGCUGGAGGCGCUUAAGGAUCUCAUCAAUGAGGCCUGCUGGGACAUCAGCUCGAGCGGCGUGAACUUGCAGAGCAUGGACUCGUCCCAUGUCUCCUUGGUGCAGCUCACCCUGCGUUCCGAGGGUUUCGAUACGUACCGCUGCGAUCGCAAUCUGGCCAUGGGCGUGAACCUCACCAGCAUGUCCAAAAUACUAAAAUGUGCUGGCAAUGAAGACAUCAUCACACUAAGGGCUGAAGAUAAUGCAGACACCUUGGCGCUAGUGUUUGAAGCUCCAAAUCAAGAAAAAGUUUCAGACUAUGAAAUGAAAUUAAUGGAUUUAGAUGUUGAACAACUUGGAAUUCCAGAACAAGAGUAUAGCUGUGUAGUAAAGAUGCCCUCGGGUGAAUUUGCACGUAUAUGCAGAGACCUCAGUCAUAUUGGAGAUGCUGUUGUGAUAUCCUGUGCAAAAGAUGGAGUGAAAUUUUCUGCAAGCGGAGAACUUGGAAAUGGAAAUAUUAAGCUGUCACAGACAAGUAAUGUUGAUAAAGAAGAGGAAGCUGUUACAAUAGAGAUGAAUGAGCCAGUACAGCUAACUUUUGCACUGAGGUACCUGAACUUCUUUACAAAAGCCACUCCACUCUCUCCCACAGUAACACUCAGUAUGUCUGCAGACGUACCCCUUGUUGUAGAAUAUAAAAUUGCUGAUAUGGGACAUUUAAAAUACUAUUUGGCCCCCAAGAUUGAAGAUGAAGAAGGUUCUUAGGCAUUCUUAAAAUCUAAGAAGAUAAAAUUUUGAGAACUGCUUCUGAAAUGCCAGCAUUUACUAAAGUUUUGUCUAUUACCAAAUUUGUACCUCUUCAGUACAUAUGUAGAUAUUAUUUUCUGUAAAUACCUUGAUUGUUUCCCUACAAUUUAGUUAAAGAGUAAAGUUUAAAGUCAUCUGUGUUAACCUAGAAAUACUUACUCCUUAUCUAAAAAUAUGCUAUAUGGGUUGUGUUUUGUUUUUUUGGUUUUUUUCUUAACAAAGGUUUUGACUCAAUAGUUUUAAGAAUUAUGCUUUCAAUUUUAAUAAAAGUUGUUUGGAAUUCAAAUACCACAGGACCGUGCCUUCAUUUGGACCUUGACUGUUAAUGAAUAUUGGGAAUUUACCCUUUCUGUAAACGUGGUAUCCUCCCCCCCCAAUUUUAGAGCAACUUGAUAUAAAAACAUUAGUUUUAACAAUUUUAAAGGUAUUUAAAAUAUAUAAUGGAUGGAGAUAUUUUAGGGGAUUCAUUUGCCUUUUUGAUAUUCUGAGGAGCUCAAGAAAUGAACACGGGCAAGAACAAAUCCUAUAUAUUGCAUUAUCUUGUCAGUGUCAGCAAAAACUUUCCUCGGAUGUUUUGUACUGAAAGGUGGGUUUUUAAAAUAAGAGUAGUGUUGUUAUAGGACAGUGUUAGCCUAGGGAACCAUUUGCAAGAACUUUAGACGUUUUAAUAGGUCUGGAUAGGGUCCAAAGAAUAUGUUUACACCUAAGAGAUUUACUGGUUUACAUGCCAUGGAUGUUGAUCCGGAAAGUGAAAAACCCGCAGCAGUUAUGAAACAGACUGCUAAGUUGUUGACAGGGAAAGGACACAAACUGGCCUGCUAUAUACUGAGAAUUACUUUUGUAGUUUUUCCCAGUGUAUUUUGUGUUGAGUGAACUGAAAGACCAUUGCAUCACCUCCACGGAGCUCUAGUUACUGGAUGUCAGAGGUAUUUUCUGACAGUAGGACAUUGUCAGCAAAAGGGCCUGAUAGAACUUUGUGGAUAUGUUAUAUAGACUCUGCUAAUGGUUCCAAGACUGCGUUUGUCAAAACUUAUUCGAUUGUACUUUAUGUAAA